CUUUCCACUUUUCUCAUCUCCUACAUCCUUUGAAUCUUUCUCUGCCAUGUGUCUUACGUAUUUUGGUUUCACAUUGACUACUCUCUCUCUCUCUGUCCAAACUUUGGAGGCAGAAAACAUUUAGCUCAAGUCUUCAAGCACAGGGGAGGGAGACACUGUUAGCAGUUGAGCAGAGUCCAAGAAUAGCUCCCUCGCCUUCCUUUUAUACAGAUCUUUGCUUGUUUUGAGUGAUUGAUACAUACCCUUUUUUGGGAGAGGAGGAGAUAUGGAUUCUGAUUACUCUCCCCAGAUUAAAGGAGUGGUUAUUAUUUCACUUCCACCUCCAGAUAAUCCUUCUUUAGGCAAAACCAUCACUGCUUUUACUCUCACUGAUGAUGAUCACUAUCCACUCUCUCACCAAACCCAUCUCCAACAACCCUCCCAAACCCAUCGAGAUUAUCAGCUUCCAGUCCAGUCUUCACCACCACCACCGCCGCCCCAAAACCCCCAAAUCCAAUACUCAUCAUCACAACUCUUUCUUAGUACCCCAAGAAAGCUCUUGGGCUUUGUGUGUAUCUCUCUUUUUGCUCUUAUUCUCUACAGCUCUGUAUUUUCGAGUACCCUUCAGGAAUUGAAGGCUUCUGAAGAUGAUGAAAAGCCCAAGUCUUUUAUCUUUCCCUUGUAUCAUAAAUUUGGUAUCCGUGAGAUUUCGCAGGGUGAUCUUCAACAUAAAUUGGUGAGGUUUGUCUAUAAGGAGAGUCUGUUGACGCCAGCUGAUGAUACUAUUGGUCCACCAAAAAAUAAUAAGCUAGCUUCUUUAAAUACUGCUGCUGUGGAUUCAUCUUCCAUUUUUCCCGUUAGGGGCAAUGUUUUUCCAGAUGGAUUGUAUUUCACAUACAUAUUCGUUGGGAGUCCUCCAAGACCUUACUAUCUUGAUAUUGAUACUGCAAGUGAUUUAACAUGGGUUCAAUGUGAUGCUCCUUGCAGUAGCUGUGCCAAGGGGGCAAAUGCUUUGUACAAGCCAAAAAGAGACAACAUUGUAACUCCCAAGGACUCAUUAUGCAUGGAACUUAAAAGAAAUCAGAUGCCAGGGUAUUGUGAUACGUGCCAACAGUGCGACUAUGAGAUUGAAUAUGCAGAUCAUAGCUCCUCUAUGGGAGUUCUUGCAAGAGAUGAACUUCACCUAAUGAUGGCAAAUGGAUCUUCAACUAAGUUAAAUUUUAUUUUUGGGUGUGCAUAUGAUCAGCAAGGCUUACUUCUAAACACUUUGGCAAAGACAGAUGGGAUACUUGGACUAAGCAAUGCUAAAGUUAGUUUACCUUCUCAAUUGGCAAGCCGGGGCAUCAUAAACAAUGUGGUGGGUCAUUGUCUUACCAAUGAUGUAGGUGGCGGUGGAUAUAUGUUCUUAGGUGAUGAUUUUGUACCACGUUGGGGUAUGGCAUGGGUUCCUAUGCUCAACGGCCCUAUAGAAUCUUAUCAGACAGAGAUUAUGAAGUUGAAUUAUGGUAGCAGCCCACUCAGUCUAGGUGGGCAGGAUAGAAGAGUAAGACGGAUAGUGUUUGAUAGUGGCAGUUCUUAUACAUACUUCCCCAAAGAAGCUUACUCUGAAUUGGUUUCAUCUCUUAAAGAGGUGUCCGGGGAGGGGCUUAUCCAAGAUAAAUCAGAUCCAACACUGCCCUUCUGUUGGCGAGCCGAAUUCCCUAUCAGAUCCAUUACAGAUGUUAAGCAGUUCUUCAAGACUUUAACCCUUCAGUUCGGAAGCAAAUGGUGGAUUAUCUCCACAAAGUUUCGGAUUCCUCCAGAAGGCUACUUGGUCAUUAGUAAUAAAGGCAAUGUGUGCUUGGGUAUUCUUGAUGGAAGCCAGGUGCAUGAUGGAUCCACAAUUAUACUUGGAGAUAUAUCAUUGCGUGGGCAAUUGGUCAUAUAUGAUAAUGUGAACAAGAAAAUUGGGUGGGCGCCAUCAAGUUGUGUGAAGCCAACAAGAUUAGAGAGCCUGCCAUUCUUUGAGGGAUAGAUCAUUUUAAAUGCUAGAUAUAUAUUGCACAUUGCUUGUUCAGUUUCUACUGUUUUGUGAAUCUUACAUGAAAGGCUUAUAGUAUUUGUUUGAUAUAUAACAGAAUUAAACGUUAUGUAAUUAAGUGAAUUUUUUAGUCUGUAAUAGUUAAGUUUUUAAUUAA